CAUAAACACACUCGGACAGAACAACCGAACACAUCCCCAAGAGGAAGAAGAGUGAAAAACAAUGGCAGCGAAGACUUUGUCCAUCGCAAGCUCACUCCUUACCUCAUCUUCUCCCACUCUCACUUCCUCCCAUAACUUCCUCUCCCGACCCACCACACUCAAAUUCCCACUUCGCUUCGCCGCUUCCUCCUCUACCCUCACUCACCGUGCAACCAAUCUCCGCCCCAUCGCCGCCGUAGAAGCUCCUGAGAAGAUCGAGAAUUUAGGCUCCGAGAUCUCAUCCCUCACCCUCUUAGAAGCCCGCGUCCUCGUGGACUACCUCCAAGACAAGUUCGGUGUGUCACCGCUCUCUCUAGCUCCCGCUGCAGCGGCUGUCGCUGCUCCGGGAGACGGUGGUGGUGCGUCUGCUGCGGUGGAGGAGCAGACGGAGUUCGAUGUUGUUAUUAACGAAGUUCCGAGCAGUUCGCGUAUUGCUGUGAUUAAAGCGGUUAGGGCUUUGACUAGCUUGGCGCUCAAGGAAGCUAAAGAGUUGAUUGAAGGGUUGCCUAAGAAGUUUAAGGAAGGUGUGACUAAAGAUGAAGCUGAAGAGGCUAAGAAGCAGCUUGAGGAAGCUGGUGCUAAGGUUUCCAUUGCUUAAAAGAAUGAGUUAGUAUAGUUUUGCUUAUGAGAAUUGUUGAUUAAGCUUUUGAGAAAAAUUGUGUUCGAAAAAAAAAGAAAAAAACUUUUGAGAAAUUAUUAUAAUUUGAAUCGUUUUCUUUUUGGUCUUGAAUGUUUAUUGAAAUGUCUAGCUGAAAAAAAAGACAUGAAUCGGAGAUUGGUGUUUGGUGAGGAUUGAAGGAAUAUUAUGGUUGCGUUUGUGUAAAUCCGACCAUAUUGAGAAAACUAUUAGGCUAUUAUUGGUGUCCAUUUUAUCCAAACUUUAUAUUAUCACAG